CUGAACUUGCCAAUACAGAAGUAGUAGCUAGAGCUAGCUAGCUAAGCCACCAGCUAACAAUGCUGCGGAAGCCAAGCCAUGUCGACGCCGGUGCCGGCGCCAACUGCGCAGAUGCGAAUGAGGAGAGGAAGGGGCUGUGGUCUCCGGAGGAGGACGAGCGGCUCUUAACCCAGAUCACCCGCCACGGCGUCUCCACCUGGAGCUCCGUUGCGCAGCUUGCAGGGCUGAGGAGGAGCGGCAAGAGCUGCCGGUUGCGGUGGAUGAACUACCUGCGGCCGGACCUGAAGAAGGAGCCCAUCUCCAAGCGAGAGGAGAAAACCAUCAUCUCCCGGCAGCAAUCGCUAGGCAACAGGUGGUCGACGAUCGCGGCGAUGAUGCCGGGCAGGACGGACAAUGAGGUCAAGAACUAUUGGAACUCCCGCAUCAGGAAGCGCCAGAAGGCCGCCGCCAAGGCAGGCUGCUGCACCGGUAACGGUACUGAGCCAGCGCCGGAAGCCGGAGAGAAUGAAUCAACCAAUGCGGCCACGGCGGCGCCUAUCCCGGCGCGGUUCCCGGUGUUCGCGUGCCAGCUGUUCGAUGGCAGCGCCACGGCUUCUGCAGGCAGCUACGCCAACGGCGGCAGCACCCUAUCAACUACUACUGAGCCGCAGAACGCCGAUUCGGAGAGCGAGGCGAGCGUCGGCCACGGCGGCGAGGACGCUCAUUGCGCCGACAGCGACAGCGAUUUCAUCCGUUAUUUCCUGGAUGAUCUCGAGUACCCGGCCGAUUUGCUCAUGGAUGUGCCGGGGUUCAUGGACGCAUUGGAGAGUGAACUGUGUUAGAUACAUGGCUUUAGUCUAAUAUAUAUAGAAUUCCAAAUAAAUCUUAAAGAUCUAACUAAGUGAAUAUGAAGGAAGAACAAUUUAAAAUGAAUUCUUUUCUCUAUUCACUUAGUAUGUGUGGAU